CGUCGCGAUAAGCCUAGCGAGGACGCACUGUCAUUCUCUUAUGUAAAUCGGCCUGGUCCCUAUUAGAGUGCUAGGUUGGCGUACGCAUUGUUUGGACUGAUACACCAUUCUCGCUACCCUUCACUCUCAGUCGUACUCAUUCACUUUUUCUAUUUUAUUAUGAUUGCAUCCCUCGAAUGAACAGCACCAUGGGGCCACCGGGAACACGUCGAUUUACCAACAGUCUAGUCCAGGAGUUCUACGCCAGUAUUCCAGAACACGCCAAAACGCAAAGGCAACUGGCGUCGCUAUCGAACAAGCAGCAACUAAACCGAGCCAACGACACAGGAGUAGUGUCAAAUCUGGUAAUUACAGAAGCCGUCUCUACCUCAGAGGCAGCCUCAGAGGCAGCGUCAGAAGGGAGGUCAAAGGAUCCAGAGUCGACAUACGACCCAUCUUCUAGUCUCAAGGUUGUAGGAAAGGAUACACCUCAGCAGCAGCAACAGAAGGGGUCGACAGAGCCAGCUGUCAAUACUUCGACAACAAUGAAACCGAUCCCUCGCAAAUUGUUCAAGGCCAUCAAGAAGAAACUGCAGAAGAGGGAACGCAGACGACUGAACGCAAUCGAGACCCGGAGGCAGCGAGCCAUUCCUUGAGCCGGGCGGUGACCACGCUGGUGCAAAUGUUAUCCGUCGUCCAUAACUAUGCCUUCGUUAGAUCGCCUUCUGGCAGCGGUAGACCAUAUACUUCGCAAGAGAGCGCGUCGCUCCCCUCGUCCUGUCAACACAUUGAAGGCUAGCGGUGCAGAUCCCAGUCGCCCAAUGUUCAUCCUUUUGCAGGGUGGCACCAAACAAACACCUUUUUAAAAUAAAGGCGCAAAGUAUGGCUAUUGAGGAUAAAAGUCGAUCUCUUGCCUCGCU